GAUUUUAAUCGGAGGACCCACGCGGCCACGCCGAACGAAUUUGUUUUCCUUUCCCCUCCAUCGGAUAAGUACUCUCCCCGCCCUCCUCCUCUCGUUAUUCCCAGCCAUUUCUAGCGACGAUGAUUUCAGCGACUUCUCAUUUUCUACCGGACGUUUCCCAGUUAAAGAUUGCCGAAAGUGAUGACUUUGUCAAUAAGAGAUAUUGGGGUCGGCAUGGGAGGAGGCUGGCUGUCUCAAUGAACAGCACAAAGCCAGUAGAGAAGCAAAAGUCGACAUCAUCAGGUAUCCGGAAAAUUUUAAAUACCAAUCUGGUCCUUCCUGUGUCUCCAAAAACCACUCAACAUAGCACUGCUCCCUUGGUCGAUGCACUAAAAUCUUGCUCUGGACAAGAUGUUGCCUGUUUCCACUUUCCCGGACACAACAGAGGGAAAGCAGCUCCUCCUUCACUAUCUCAUCUCACAUCUCUAAAACCAUUUCUCCAUGACCUCCCUGAGCUCCCUGAACUCGACGAUCUCUUCUCCCCAAAGGGCGUAAUUUUAAAUGCCCAGAAACAAGCUGCAGAACUGUUCGGUGCAUCUGACACAUGGUUUCUUGUCGGAGGCACAACCUGCGGCAUCCAAGCAUCAAUAAUGGCCACUUGUUCGCCAGGUGAAACUCUAAUUCUUUCAAGGAAUUCUCACAUUUCUGCAACAUCUAGCUUAAUCUUAUCAGGUGCCAUACCAAAGUACAUUGUACCAGAGUAUAAUUCUCAGUGGGAUAUUGCUGGUGGAAUUACUCCAUCACAGGUUGAAAAUGCUUUGAAAGAUUUGGAGGUAGUUGGUGAAAAGGCAGCUGCAGUGCUAAUAACUUCGCCGACUUACCAUGGAAUUUGCAGCAACUUGAGAGAAAUUGCAGAACUUUGCCAUGUAUGGGGUGUUCCUCUCAUAGUUGAUGAAGCACAUGGUGCUCAUUUCAGGUUUCAUAAUAGCCUUCCAAGCACUGCGCUCGAGCAAGGGGCUGAUUUAGCUGUUCAAUCUACGCAUAAAGUCCUCUCCUCUUUAACUCAGUCAUCGAUGUUACAUUCUUCAGGAAGUCUUGUUGAUAAAGAGAGAGUCAGCAAAUGUCUUCAGAUGCUUCAAAGCUCCAGCCCGAGCUACCUACUUCUUGCGUCUCUAGACGCUGCGAGAGCUCAGUUAAGCGAAAAUCCAGAUACCAUUUUUGACAAAGCGAUGGAUUUGGCAGUUGAAGCUAGGCAUAAGUUAAGCAUGAUCCAGGGCGUAUCACUAUUGGACUUAUCGAGCUUUGUUUCAGAUUUUCCUUCCAUUGAUCCACUUCGUAUAACUCUUGGUGUAUCUCAGCUUGGCAUUUCUGGUUAUACGGCAGAUGAGAUAUUAUCUCAAGAAGCACAAGUAAUCUGUGAGCUAGUUGGAAGCCGAUCCUUAACAUUCGCAAUUAACUUGGGUACUUGUAGAAAGGAUAUCCAGAGACUUGCGUUAGCAACAGAGCAUUUGUCGACGGCUUACUGCCAGAAAAUUGAAUUGGGAAACAAUUCGAAGGGUGGCCUUUAUGAACACUUCAACGAAAUUACUUUUGGAUUGAGUCCAAGAGAGGCGUUCUUUGCAAAGAAGAGGAAAGUAGCUAUCUCGGAGAGCACGGGGCAAGUAUGCGGAGAGUUGAUCUCUUCAUAUCCACCCGGUAUUCCAGUGCUUAUUCCUGGGGAGAUUAUAACUGAGAAGACUUUAUCCUAUCUCCUGAACGUCAAGAGGAUGGGUGCUGCAAUUAGUGGAGCAGCUGAUCAUCAACUUUCUUCACUACUUGUCUGCAAUACGUAACAACAUCUCUAGUAACUUUUCACACUGUUCAGCUUUGUGAGGAAUCGUCAGAACAGUUGAGGGGAUAGCAAAACAGUUGAAACGAGGGUUAGUUAGAGGACAACCCCUUGUAGUAUCAUGGUUUUGAACUUACUACUACUCUAGUUUUGUUUUUACAGAUAGACCCUUUGAGUGAAAUCUUUUUGACUCUUUUACCCCAAAGGAAUAGAAAUUUGUUUUUUGACAAAUAGUGCGCACUAGGGUCAAAGAGUCAAAAAGAUUGACUUAAGGAGUCUAUCUGCAAAAUUAAAACUAGAGGGAUAGUAAGUUAAAAAAUGUUGGGGGUCUGUCUGCAAUUAACCCUUGAAACAAAUAGGAUUUAGCUUGGGGGAGGAAAUCAAAAGAUGGGUACGGGAAGGAAUGAAUUUUGAUAAGAAUGAGGGUACACGGAACAAAAGAAAGCUGAUGGUAGAGGAUUCAUGAGGCCAGCUUCUAGAUUGUAUGUAUCGUAAGUACAGUUGAUUUUCGUGUUUUUGUUCCUUUUUUUGGAAGCAAAGUCUUCCAAUCGUAUAUAUUACUUAUUUAGCUA